AAGCCCCAGAAACCAAAGAGGUGAUAGUGUUCCCUUAUGUACCAACCCUGCACUUUUGAUUACUACUAGCCUCUCUCUCUCUCUCUCUUUCUCUCUCUCCCUCUCACACACACACACACUAGAAUUCUCUUGCCGAAGCUCUGAAAUAUUAGGAGCCAAGAACAUAGCAGGGAAGUUUUAAUGUGGUUCACCCACAGGACCUGAACCUUAUUUAUUUCCCUCUCUCUCUGAGUCUCUGUGUGUUUGGAUUUCUGAGUGGCCGCCAGUUAUUUUCUUGGGAGUUUCUUGGCUCAGAUCUACUCCCUUUUAAUUUCACCUCAUUGUAUUGUUUCUGCUUGUGUUAUUUGAGUGGCUGAAAAUGAGUAAAGAAGAGUUCUUGAAGAUCCAGACUUGUGUUCUUAAAGUCAAUAUACACUGUGAUGGCUGUAAGCAUAAAGUGAAGAAAAUCUUGCAGAAGAUUGAGGGUGUAUACACUACAAAGAUAGAUUCUGAGCAGGGGAAGGUGACAGUGUCUGGAAAUGUUGACCCAUCCACACUCAUAAAGAAGCUUAUCAAGAAUGGGAAACAUGCUGAGCUAUGGGGUGCCCCAAAGGCCAACAACAACCAGCUUAAUAAUCAGUUCAAGAACCUGCAAAUUGACAAUGGUAAAGGUGGAAACAACAAGGGCCAGCCCCAAAAAGGUGGUGGAAACAACCAGCCGAAAGGCGGUCCUCACGGUGGCGGUGGCGGUGGCGGUGGCCAACAUCCACAGCUUCAGCAGCUGCAACAGAUGAAAGGGUUCCAGGAUCUGAAAAUUCCUCCUCAGUUUAUGAAGGACUUGAAAAUGAUGCCUCCUAACAACGGCAAGGGCCAGAACCCGAAGUCGGUUAAAUUUGAGCUGCCGGAGGAUGAGGGGUUGAGUGAUGAUGAGUUUGAUGAUUUUGAUGAUGAUGACGAUUAUGAUGACGAUGAGCUUGACGAUGAUUUGGAUGAUGCCCCUUUGAGUAAGAUGAAACCGAUGAUGGGGAAUGGCCACGGUGGCUCGCAGAUGCCUAACAUGAUGAUGAAUAACAUGAUGAAUAGCCAGCUGAUGAAGGGUGGUGGAAACAAUGGAGGGAACGGUGGCGGAAAUGGGAAGAAAGGUGGGGGUGGAGGUGGAGGUGGGAAUAUCCCUGUUCAGGUGAAUCAUGGUGGUGGAAAUGAUGGAAAAGGUGGUGCUAAUGGUGGCAAGAAAGGUGGAAAUGGGAAUAACAAUGGUGGAAACCAAAACCAAGGUGGUGGAAAGGGUGGCAAGAAUGGCGGGGGCCAGAGCGGUGGUGGUGGUGGUGGCGGCGGCGGCGGCGGCAAUGGUGGUGGUCAAAACAAGAAUGGUAACAACGGCAAAGGAGGCGGCGGCGGUGGGGCUCCUAAUGGCAACAAUUUUAUGGCUAAUGGGGCCAUCAAAGGGGGUGGAAUGAGUAAUGGGCCUCAUGGCAUGCCUAACAUGAUGGCUAUGAAUGCUGGUGGUGGUGCGGGCCAGAUGGGAAAUAUGCCAAUGGGCCAUAUGAGCAAUCUGCCAAUGGGACAAAUGAGCAAUCUUGCAGCUGUACAAGGCCUGCCGGCCUCUGCCAUGAACGGCGGUGCCGGUGGAGGUGGAGGGUACUUUCAAGGUGCUGGACCUGAGAACAUGCCUGGAAACCCCUACUACCAGCAGCAACUGGCGGCAAUGAUGAUGAACCAGCAACGUGCCAACGGGAACGAGAGGUUUCAGCCAAUGAUGUAUGCCAGGCCUCCGCCUGCCGUCAACUACAUGCCACCAUACCCGCCCUACCCUUACCCUCCUCCACCAGGCGAGCGGGCCGACCAGUACGCAAUGUUCAGCGACGAAAACACGUCUAGCUGUAACGUGAUGUGAGAUACAUCGAUCGAUCGCUGCCAAUAGAGCUUGGUUGUUUAAGUUGAUAGUUUCAUGACUUGCUAGUCUUGAUGCCAUAAUACAGAUGGAAAAUGGUUUUUUACUUUGGAUUUGCUUUUGGAUUUUUCUCUUUUAUUCCCCAUUUUGAAUCCUAAGUUUAGAUUAGUGUUUCAUGAUAGGGAGUAUUUGAUAGAUAAUAUAUGGAAAAAAAAGACAAAACAUAAACAAAAACAAAGCUCUUUAGAGAAUGAGAGAUGUAAGUGGGAGAUUGUGGUGGUUUUGAUGAUGAGAAUGUUUAUAUUAUAAUGUUUAUAUGUUGAGAAAAUAAAUAAAAAUU